CGACGACAACAUUUUUUUUUCUUUUGUAAUAGUAGUCCAAAUCAACAACAUAUAAACAUUGAAAUCACAGGAAACUUCACAUUUUUUAUUUUUGUCCUACUCUCUCUUGUUUCUGAUAAAUCCAGUCAAUUCCACCUCUGCUUUCUCAUCCUUCUUUCACUCUAAAGAUAAAAACAUGAGUAUUUUCUUUAAGAAGAAGAAGAAAGUUCUAACGAGUACAAAUGUAACAGAACGUCGUAAUACUAAUUUGAAGGUACUGAUGUUCCCCUGGUUGGCAUAUGGACAUAUCUCUCCUUUUCUAAACUUAGCCAAGAAACUCGCAGACAAGGGAUUCUUGAUUCGCGUAUGCUCUACGCCAAUAAGUCUUGAAUCAAUAGGUAAAGAAAUCCCAGAAAAAUAUUCGGCUUCAAUUAAGAUUGUUGAGCUUCAUUUACCAAAAUUGCCCCAACUUUUAGCUCCUCAUUGCCAUACAACCAAUGAUCUUCCACCAAAUCUUGAUCACAUUGUUCAAAAGGCCUUGAAAUUUUCCAAACCAAACUUCUCCAAAAUCUUGGAAAAUUUGAAACCUGAUUUGGUAAUUUAUGAUAUUUUACUUCAAUGGGCUGAAGUUGUCGCGAAUGAGCACAACAUUCCAUCAAUCAAGUUCAUAACUUGUGGUGCGGCUAUAUUUUCAUACUUCUUUAAUUCACUAAGAAAACCAGAGGUUGAAUUCCCUUUCCCAGAUAUUUAUCCUAAGGAAAGUGAGCUUGUUAAAUGGGGUGAAAUGAGUGCAAAAUUUGCUAAAGAGAAAGAUCCUGAUGAUGUGGAUCCUUUUGCUAAAGGAAGUAUGCAAUUUAUGUUGAUGAGUACCUCUAGAAUUAUAGAGGCCAAAUAUAUAGAUUAUCUCUCUGAAUUAAGCAAUUGGAAGGUUAUUCCAGUUGGUCUACCAAUCAAAGAUCCAAUGACUAAUGACGCCGAUGACGUGGAGCUCAUUCAUUGGCUAGAAAAGAAAGAUGAGAAUUCCACUGUUUUUGUCAACUUUGGGAGUGAGCAUUUAUUGACAAAAGAAGAUAUGGAAGAGAUAGCUUUUGGAUUGGAGUUUAGUAAUGUUAAUUUCAUAUGGGUUGUAAGAUUUUCAAAGGGGGAAGAACAAAAUCUUGAAGAGGUACUACCACAAGGUUUUCUCGAAAGAAUUGGAGAAAGAGGAAAAGUUUUGGACAAAUGGGAACAAAAAUCAAGAAUUCUAAAUCAUACAAGUAUUGGUGGAUUUAUAAGUUAUUGUGAUUGGAGUUCUGUAAUAAAGUGUUUAGAUUUUGGGGUUCCUAUGAUAGCCAUGCCUAUAUAUCUUGAUCAGCCAAUGAAUACUAGGUUGAUGGUAGAAUUGGGAGUCGCGGUUGAGAUUGUUAGAGAUGAUGAGAGCAAGAUUCAUAGAGAAGAAAUCGCGCAAGUUCUUGAAAGUGUUAUACGUGGGAAAAUAGGGGGAAAUAUGAGGACCAAAGUUAAAGAUAUUAGCAAGAAUUUGAAAUCUAUAAGGGGUGAAGAGAUGGAUGGAGCUGCUGAAGAGCUAAUUCAACUUUGUAAGAAUAGUAUUAAGAUAAAAAUAAUGUGAUGUUUGUUACUCCAGUAACAAAAGUUCAAAAUAUUGAGAUUGAAAUAAUGAGAAAAAAAAUAGAAUGCUGCCCUUAAGCUAUCCUUUCCCUUUAUUCACAUUCUAUCAUGAAAUAUGAUUUGUGUAGAAGUUCAUCUCACUAGCUAAGUAAUG